UUGGGAACAUGACCCAGCCCGUGACUUCACUCGGAUGCUCUAUAUAAGUCCAGGAAAACAACAGGCGCUCGCAGAGCACACGGGCUGGAUUUAAUCAAGGUCGAGAACGACCUGGGAGGGGUUUCAGCGAGGGAGCACCGCAGUUAUGUCACAGCCAGCCCCUGUGAAAAAGAAGCGUCCUCCAGUGAAGGAAGAAGACCUUAAAGGAGCCAGAGGAAACCUUACCAAAAACCAGGAAAUUAAAUCCAAAACCUACCAAGUGAUGAGGCAGUGUGAACAAAUGGGCUCUGCAGCACCUUCUGUAUUCAGCCGGGCUCGGACAGGGGGUGAAACAGUCUUUGAGAAGCCGAAGGAUGAGCCAGCCAAGAGUGUCUUUGGCUAACAGUGGAGCUGGACAACUCACCCAAAUGAAUGUUGUAACAUUUUUCAAAAUUUCUGUUCCUUACACUACAGUCACUGUAGACUCAAGUAGCUAAUUUCCACUGUAAGUCCUUAAGUAGGGAAUAUACUCAUGUCAAAGAAUAAAACUUCCAUGUUCAUUGUUAUUACAUGCUUUCUUUCUAUGUAUUGGACAAUGUUUGCUAUAAUUGUUUAAUAAAAAAUGGUUGUUGGACUCA